CAGUGAACAUCAUUCACCACCACGGUCAUAUUUAGCUUUACACCAGUGGCAGACAUAUCCGUUACUGCUGUGACCGUGUCCAUCCUACUUUAUCGUUACGCUAUUUGGAGAUCGCGCGCUGCUGGGUGUGAAUAAAAUCAGCGAGCGGGGAGAGGAACGUGAAGAGCUGCACCGGGAUUUCAUCGCUGUGUUCCUACAGGGAGAAUGCCAUCUCUGUCAGAGCAGCUGCAGGAGGUGCGGAGUCGAGCCGAAGUGUGUCUGUACUCUGGUGGCAGGGUGGUGGAGGUGCGGGUUGGGGUGAUGGCUAUGGCUAAUCUGCCCUUACCACCAUGCUCCAAAUACUGCCACAUCGCUGCAGAGACCAUGGUCAUAGAAAACAGCUUCGGCAGCAACAGGAAGGAGACCCUUGCAUCUCUCCAGCGCCUGUCUACAGCAUUGAACAUUCUAGAAAAGUAUGGCUGUAAUUUGACAAAUCCCAACAGGCCAAAGUACUGGAGGACUGUGAAACACAACAACCCAGUGUUUAGGGCCACCGUGGAUGCUAUUCAGGGAGGACGAGCAGUGCUCUGUCUCUAUGGUUACUCCAAUCAGCAGCCAGAUGGGCUCAGCUUCCCUGAUGAUGUCACAGAUCCUGAUGUUGGCCGAGUUGCUGCAGUAACACUAGAAGUGAUGAGUCUUAGGAUGGAACUAGAAAUGCUUAUUAAGGAGGCUCAUCCCCACCCUGAGUUCUAUGAGAGAAUCAUUCCUACACUAAGACACAAGGAUGUGGGUCUCAACACUGAUGCUGUGGUCUGCCACUUCUCCUCCUCUUCAUGCCGCUCAGGCGGUCAGACCAAGUCUCUAGCCUUCCCCCUACACCAUCAUUCCUCCAGGGACGGCAGUCAUGGCCAGUCUCUGUCCUCUAACCACCACAGUCUCAGGUCCAUUCAGGUCUUUUCCAUCUCCUCAAACAAACACCCAGAGAACUGCGCUAUCUGUGGAAUAUUCCGCAUCUCUGCCCACUGCCUCACUUGCCUCCAGGGACUCUGCUCAGAAUGUGACAAACUGUACCACUCCUACCCUGAGAGGGCCAACCACCGUCGAACAGCUGUAUCAUCAUCAUCAUCAUCAUCAUAUUCAUCAUCAUCAUCCCAAAACAGGAACAGUCACAGCUCUUCCACGUGGUGUUGCCUCCACUGCACUAAAGUCAACUCAGUCCAUAAUGUGCUGUGUGAGGAGUGUGAGCGCCCUCGCUUGGAACUGAUCAGCUCGAAAGCAGAUGAAUCUCAACCUGCCACCAUCACUGAGUGGCAGUGUAAGAGCUGCACCAUGGUGAAUGUAGCCAGCAGCAUUUUGUGUGAAGUGUGUGAAAGACCUCGUUUGGCCACACGACCUCCGGUGACCCCGUCACACCCACCCAUCACCCCCCCCAGACCACCAGCACCAGUACUGGGCAUGCCCGGUGAUCCUGACAGCCAGUGGGUUUGCCAGUUCUGUACCUAUCUGAACUACUCUCCUGCCACAGUGUGUGAGAUGUGUGACCUAGCUCGUCCAGAACCCGCACCUCUGCCUGUGAAGCUCCGCCCCCCCUCCCCUGUCAGACGGGUCCCUGCCCUGCCAAUCAAACCCAAACAGCCUGCUCCCGAAGACCUGGACUCCUGGAGGCAGAGGCUGAUGAAGGAGGAGGGACUGAAGCUGAUUCAGCUGAUCAGAGAUGGGGAGAAGAAAGGAGUGAGUCCAGAGGAGGUGUACACGAGUAUGAGGGUAGCAGGAGACAGCAGCAUCCUGCCAUGCAAGUGGUUAAAGACUGAGCUUCCUCUGCUGUUAGACCAGAUCAGGAUGCUGGUGGGAACAUCUUCCCUUAAGUCUGUUUCUGACAGCACCACAACAGAGCGCAGAAGCAGGUCAUGUGAAGCUCCUGCUGAGGAUGCUGGGAAAGAGAUCAACCCUGAAGAAACUGAAAGUGUUGUCCAGUUGUCCAGAGCAGAGGCCAAGCAGGCCUGGCUGACAGCAGGGGGUGACACUGAGAGAGCUGCCAGACAAGCGCUGAGAGACAGACUCGCCAAGGUAAAAGAGCUGUAUUCACUGGGCUUCAGUGAUGAGACUCGCUGUCAUGAGGUUUUGAGGCAGAGUGGUGGUGAGGUGAGAGGGGCCCUAGCCCUACUGCAGCGGCCCCUCCUGGAGCCCUUCCACAAGCGCAUUUGGAGUGACAAGCCUGAGCCUCCUGUAGACAUCCAUCACCCUGACAAACAGCGCAUAUGUCGGAGGUUACUAGCAGUGUACGAUCUCCCCAGCUGGGGUCGCUGUGAGCUGGCACUCUCACUGCUUCAAGAACACAGUGCCCCCUACUCACUGGAGGAUGUAGUGCAAGCUGUUCGAGAAUCCCAUGACAGAGAGUUUAUCAAGAGAGUGCUGGCUAAAGAGUGUCCCAUCUGCCUCUCUGUCUUCCCCCACAGCAAGAUGCAGUCUCUGACGUCAUGUCAGUGUUCUGUGUGCUGUGGCUGUUUCCAGCAGCACUUCACUAUUGCUGUAAGGGACAAACAUAUUAGAGACAUGGUGUGUCCAGUCUGCUGGGAGCCUGACAUCAACGACCCUGAACACCUCAACAGCUACUUCUCCACCCUGGACAUCCAGCUGAGAGAGUGUCUGGAGCCAGAAGUCUAUGAGCUGUUCCAUAAGAAGCUGACAGAGCAGGCUCUAAUCAAGGACCCCAAGUUCCUCUGGUGCUGUCAUUGCUCAUAUGGGUUCAUCUAUGAUGGAGAUCAGCUUAAAGUCACCUGUUUCCAGUGUCGCAACAGUUUCUGUGCUCAGUGUAAAAAGCCUUGGGAGUCUCAGCACGCAGGCCUGUCCUGUGAACAGUACCAGUCAUGGAAGAGAGAGAAUGAUCCAGAGUAUCAGAGACAGGGCCUGGCUGGAUACCUCAGAGACAACGGCAUCACCUGUCCUAACUGUCGCUUUCAGUAUGCACUGUCUAAAGGAGGCUGCAUGCAUUUCUGCUGCUCACAGUGUCGUUACCAGUUCUGCAGUGGCUGUAACAACCCGUUCCACACUACUUGUGCAGUGGAUGAGUGCAGUGUUUCUGGAUUACAUGCCCAUCAUCCUAGAGACUGCCUCUUCUAUCUGAGAGACUGGGAACCUUCCAGACUGCAGGGUUUACUGCAGAAUAAUGGAGUGGCCUUCAACACUGAACCUCCUCCUGGAACACAGACAGGUAGGCUAGAGCGCUGA